UGGCCAAACGGAAGAUGAAGCUGGUGAAGAAUCCGUGUUUGCGUUUGAUGGCUCUCCGCCUCCGCCACGCCGCCUCCUCUUCUACCGACGUCUAUUGCGAUGGUGGCGUAGGCACACGGAGCGACGUGAAGCACCUCUUAACUGAGAAACCCUCUCACAAUGCCUCACUUCGGCACCCUAACUACCAGCUCCGCUCCCUGCUCGGCUCCGCUUCUCCCGGCUGCCUCUCCGCCGCCUUGUCGAUCCUCCGCGGCAUGCUUUCCCCCGACUCCGCUUCCCCGCCUAACGCUGCCACUCGGUCGAUCGUUUUCACCAGCCUGACCACGCGAAGCCAGCACCUGGACGAGGAGUCCCUCGCCCUCCUCGUCGAGAUAGCCAAGAUGGGAUUUUUUCCGCACGACGACUUCCUGUUCACUCAGUUCAUCGACAAGCUGUGCCGCGGCGGCGCCACCUCCGGGGCCUGGGAUUUCUUCCACGCGGUAAAGGAUGCUGGCGGCUCGAUCGAGGCCUCUGUGUGCAACGCCCUCUUGACUGGCCUCGGUACAAUUCGAGACUUCGAAAGGAUGAAUCUUCUGUUUUCAGAGAUGAAAGGUUUGGGCGUGCGCCCCAGCACAGUCACCUUUGGUAUAUUCAUCAAUCACCUCUGCAAAUCCCGUCGCCUCGACGAUGCACUGAACGUGCUUGACGCAAUGUCAAGCCCAGAUUCGGGAGUGUCCCCUGACACAGUCAUUUUUAACACUCUCAUCGAUGGGCUCUGCAAGGCAGGAAGGCUUCAGGAUGGUCUCUCCUUGCUUGAUAGGAUGAAAUCAAGCCAUGCUUGUGAUCCUGACAGUGUGACUUACAACAGUUUGAUCAAUGCCUUCUGCAAGGCUGCAGAGUUGGACAUGGCUCGUGAAUUGCUUACCAGGAUGGAGAAGGAAAGGGUGACUGUUGAUGUGGUUACGCUGAAUACCUUUGUAAAUGGAAUGUGUAGGCAUGGGAUGAUCGGAAAUGCCCUUGAUUUCUUUCGAAAGAAAAAGGUUGAGUGGCCAGAAGUUAAAGGCAAUGCUGUCACCUAUACCACCCUUAUUGGUGCUUUCCUUCAUUCCAACAAUGUAGGAAAGGCGACGACAUUGUUUGAUGAGAUGAUCAAGGAAGGAGUUUCCCCAGAUUCUACGACAUACUUCACUCUCAUCUCUGGGUUGACUCAAGUUGGUAAACUGGAUGAUGCUUAUUCGAAUGUGUUGUUGAUGAGAAAGAAUGGUUUUAGAGUAGACAUAAAGAGCUAUAACACUUUGAUCAGUGGGUUUUGCAAGAAGAAGAGGUUGGAUAAGGCAUUCGAGAUACACAACGAAAUGUGCAAGGCAGGUCUUACUCCUGAUAUCUGGACAUACAAUACUUUGAUCAGUGGGUUUUGCAAGAAGAAGAGGUUGGAUAAGGCAUUCGAGAUACACAACGAAAUGUGCGAGGCAGGUCUUACUCCUGAUAUCUGGACAUACAAUACUUUGAUCAGUGGGUUUUGCAAAAAUAAGAGAUUGGAUAAGGCAUUCGAGAUACACGACGAAAUGUGCAAGACAGGGCUCAGGCCUGAUAUCUUCACAUACAGUAGUUUGAUUGAUGCUUUCUGCAAGGCUGGUGAUUUUUCGAAGGCUGAUAAAUUCCUCAAUAAAAUGGUCGACGAUGGAUGCAAACCUGAUGUUGUCACUUACGGAACUCUGGUCAAUGGUUUCUGCAAAGCUGGUGAUCUUGACCAGGCCAUGAAGAUCUUCAGGAGCAUGGAUGUGUCAGUGGUGCCGGCUAACACUGUUAUUUAUAACAUCCUCAUUGAUUCUUAUUGUAAGAAUCAAAAAGUUGAUGCCGCAAUAGACCUUUUCGACGAGAUGCAGAAACAAGAUAUAUUGCCCGACGCCAUGACCUACACCUCCAUUUUCAAGGGUCUUAAGGACCAUAACAUGUCUGAUAAAGCCUUAGAGCUUAUGGACAAGAUGAGUUCGCAGGGAUGCAAACCAAACUAUGUGACAAUGGAUGUUCUCACGGACUGGUUAACUGCGAUUGGUGAGAUCGAGAGACUGAGACUAUUUGUGCAACGGACAACAUCUUCUGACAUCAACUCUGGCAAUCCUGAUGUUUAAUCUUAUAGAUGCUUCUUAUUUAAUGUUGAGUUGUAGCAUACAUGAACAAAUGAAACGAGAGAUUUUGAGAGAUUUUUUAGUUGCAGAAUUUAUUAUUCGGUAUGCAAAAGUUAUGCAUAAGCUUCUACACAGUAUGAUUUCUGAAGCUCAUUUUCAUAAUUCAAACAAUAACCUGAAUCUGCAAAGAAAAUUAGGUGGAAAUUGGAAUUAGGAACUCUGUUGCAGUUCUUUGUUGGACAAAAUCUUUGUAUAAUUGCACAUUUUAAUUUGUAAUCUGAAAUUGUUUAGUUCCAUAAGUGUUUCCUUUUCUCAUCC